AUGCCUCCCAACAAGAAAAAGAAGAAGCCAGCAUCGAACCCUGCGCGGGGCUUUGCAACGGUUUCUGUGCCCUCAAAGCCCAAAAUAACAGAGUCCGCAGGGGCGUCAUCAACAGGAGAGUCAUCAGUGGCCGUCUCGGAGAGCGAGAAGUCAACCGUGUCUGCUGAGACCAAACAGCCUCAGGCUAAUGAAAAGGACAAGAGUCUCCAAGAUUAUUCGCCUGAAGAGCUUGAGCGACACCUGGAAGAGGCAGAACUGCAGUCUCUAGUUGACAAAUACGCAUCCAAAUGUAAAAGUGACUCUGAUCGCCAGGUGUCUAAGCUGGAGACCGAGCGACGAGUGCUGCGACCACAAGCAAAUUUACUAAAUCUCAGCGACUGGCUGCCUCCGGAAAUCCUGGACCGAAUCCUGGAAUUGACUGGGAAGGAGGAUGCGGAGCGCGAUCCAUGUCCAGAGCGUGACAUGAACAGUGCAAAAGAAGAGGAGCUGAGUGUUAGACUCUGGACUCUGAAAGACACACUCGUCAAGCUCGGUUUUCCAGCCUCCCGGGUGGAGGAUUUGCUAAAAUAUAUAAUUGUUUACCAUUCUGGGGUCUCUGCGAGUGGUAACAAGGACGUGGUGCCGAAUAUUGAUGAAUCUCUGGAUUGGCUGGCAUUGCACUGCGAUCCUGAUGAACUGCCACCGUACGAGAGGAACAAGACCCAACUUUCUAGAACGACGAAGACAACCACGUCAUGGAUUACUGAUGAUAAGCAACCACAACCUUCAACUGCGCCUUCUCUUGCUGAAGGCAAUGACAAUCUGGCGAAAGCAAAGAGCGAGACACAGAUUGUCAAUCCCCCAGACCCCAGUCCUGACGAUUCCGAUAGUUCUAUCGACCCAGAGGAUUUAACAGAAGAAUAUGUGGCACUGCAAAGUCGCCUAUAUCAGCUUCGACCUAAAUAUUUUGAUCAGCCGUCCAAGGCUAAGAAUAAAAAGCCGGGACGCGACAAGGGCGACGAAAAUGACACUGACCCUCAAGUAGCAAGAAUCCGACGAAAAAUAGCAAAAAUCGAGAAUGACGCGCUCUUCGACCGUGUAGAAGCUGAAGCCAAAUGGCGAGAUAAACUUAACGAGCUCAGGAAGGAGGCAGCGUUCAUGCGAGAGAAGGAGCGCCAAGUCGAGAAACCAUCAAGUAGUUCAAGAGUCGAAGACCCCCAGUCGGUGGAUGAACCUGAUCCAGGCGAAUUGGGCUUGGCUACUGAUGAUGACAAUGGUGGCCUUUUUGGUGAAAUGUUUGCAGCAGAUACAUCUGUGACUGAGCCUUUGUCGAUAGCAGAAUCCACGAGUCAUGACGUUCUCAUUCGGGAUUUCGGGAAACCAAGCGGUUUAAGUCCUCGAAGAGUGCUGGAAGAGACAUGCAAGGCGAGGUAUCCUUUACAUUUUUGCGAUAAACAUAUGGACAUAUCAUCAUCGACAUAUUCAAACCGAAAAGCCGCUGAGGUGCAAUGGUCCAAACCGCAAGAUGUGCCGCUCCCUCUUUCGUUGGAUAGAGUCACCAUCAAGUCAAAUCCAUUUACGGUAUUUGUAUCCAUGGAUUCCAUCGCAACUCCGACGGGUCUGCAGGCAGAAGGUUAUGUAUCGACACUUGCUCUUUUCCUCAUCUCUGCGUCGAAUUCGAAGGAGAGCAAAUCCUACCUGCGGCUUCCAGCAGCAUGGAGAGAGUUGUGGACUGAAUUCGUCGAAACAAAGAAACAGCAGGAGGACGAAGCUGAUAGAGAAACUAUACGAAGCCUUAAAAAGCUUGUUCAAGAGAAUGUUGGAAAAUUUGAAGAUGACGUUGUACUAGCUGACAAUUUCAGGAAGCGGAAUGGAAAUGCUAAACAGGUCGAGGCCGUGGAAAGAGCUCAACCCGCAGAUACGAAUAUGUCCGCCGACUACUUGACCAAACUCUGGCUGGACAAGGCCUCUAGUGCUGCAUUCCAGAACAUGGUAGUAUCUAGGAUGAACUUGCCUGUAUGGGGAUAUAAGCAGGAGAUACUUGAUACACUUGCAGCACAUCAGGCCUUGAUCAUAUGCAGCGAGACGGGUAGUGGCAAGAGUACACAAAUACCGUCUUUCAUUCUGGAGAAUGAACUUUUAAACGGUCGUGAGUGUAAAAUAUAUGUCACAGAGCCCCGCCGGAUUUCAGCAAUAUCCUUGGCGCGGAGAGUCAGUGAGGAAUUGGGUGAGAGGAGCAGCGACGUUGGGACAAAUCGAUCGCUUGUUGGAUAUGCCAUCAGGUUGGAAAGCAAAGUCAGCCAAUCCACCAGAUUGAUCUAUGCGACGACGGGAGUUGUCGUGCGAAUGCUAGAGCGUCCUGGCGAUUUACAGGACAUUACCCACAUUGUAUUGGACGAAGUCCAUGAGCGGACCAUUGACAGUGACUUUCUGCUUAUAGUACUUCGAAGACUGCUGAUUCAACGACCAGAACUGAAGGUCGUCUUGAUGUCUGCCACUGUCGACGCUCGACGCUUUUCGACUUAUCUUGGUGGAGCUCCGAUUCUCAACAUCCCUGGUCGAACGUUUCCCGUUGAGGUCAAGUAUCUCGAGGACGCCAUUGAAUUGACAAACCACCGCCUCGACGACCGUCAAUCGAUUUCCUCGUUUGAUGACGAUGACGACGGAUAUUCCUCAGACGGACACCGUAAUGACGCUGUGCCGAGGAGCCUCAGGGCGACACUCGACGGAUACUCCAACCAAACGAGGGAAACGGUUUUGAAAUUCGAUGAAUAUCGUCUUGAUUAUGGCUUGAUUACGAAACUCUUGGUUAAGAUUGCAACGAAACCGGAGCUGAGUCAAUACAGCAGAGCUAUCUUGGUUUUCAUGCCUGGGUUGGCUGAAAUCCGUCGACUUCACGAUGAGAUUACAGCCGACCCUGCUUUUGAGCACGGUUGGAUCAUUCACACGCUUCACUCGUCGAUUGCCAGUGAGGAUCAGGAGAAAGCUUUCCUCGUUCCGCCCGAGGGAAUGCGGAAGAUCGUUAUCGCGACCAACAUUGCAGAAACCGGUAUCACUAUUCCGGACAUUACUGCGGUUAUCGAUGCAGGUAAAGAGAAAGUGAUGAGAUUCGAUGAGAGACGCCAACUUUCAAGGCUGGUGGAGUCAUUUAUUUCACGAGCAAAUGCAAAGCAGCGUCGAGGGAGAGCAGGUCGAGUCCAAGAGGGUAUCUGCUUCCAUCUCUUCACCAGAUACCGUUAUGAAAAUCAGCUGGCAGAGCAACAAACACCUGAGAUGCUCCGACUGUCACUGCAAGACCUGGUACUGCGUGUCAAGAUUUGCAACUUGGGUGACGUCGAGCAGACGCUUCUUGAGGCGCUGGAUCCGCCCUCGGCGAAGAAUAUACGACGGGCGAUCGAUUCGCUGAAGGAGGUGAAAGCACUGACGAAUUCGGAGAGCCUGACGUCGCUGGGGAAGCAGCUCGCCAAGCUUCCACUGGACGUGUUUCUCGGAAAGCUCAUCAUCUACGGGACGAUUUUCAAAUGC